CCUCUCAGGGGCGUCCGAGAGGCCAGGGCGAGUGCACCAUGAAGUCCGUGCUGUUCAGUCGCUUCUUCAUCCUCCUUCCCUGGAUCCUAAUCGUCAUCAUCAUGCUCGACGUGGACACGCGCAGGCCAGCGCCCCAGCUCACCCCGCGCCCCUACUUCUCUCCCUACGUGGUGGGCCGCCGGGGCGCCCGAAUCCCGCUUCGCAGGGGCGGGCCUGACAGCGGCGCCCGGCGCUGCUCGGAGAAGCGCAACGAAUCUCAGCCGCAACCGCAGCCGCCCGCGGAGUCGUCGCUGCCCACCAUCUAUGCCAUCACGCCCACCUACAGCCGCCCGGUGCAGAAAGCCGAGCUGACCCGCCUGGCCAACACCUUCCGCCAGGUGGCGCAGCUGCACUGGAUCCUGGUGGAGGACGCGGCGGCGCGCAGCGAGCUGGUGAGCCGCUUCCUGGCGCGGGCCGGGCUGCCCAGCACGCACCUGCACGUGCCCACGCCGCGGCGCUACAAGCGGCCCGGGCUGCCGCGCGCCACGGAGCAGCGCAACGCCGGCCUCGCCUGGCUGCGCCAGAGGCACCAGCACCAGCGCGCGGCGCAGCCCGGGGUCCUGUUCUUCGCCGACGACGACAACACCUACAGUCUGGAGCUGUUUCAGGAGAUGCGAACCACACGCAAGGUGUCUGUCUGGCCUGUGGGCCUGGUUGGUGGGCGGCGCUACGAACGGCCAUUGGUAGAAAACGGCAAAGUCGUUGGUUGGUACACGGGCUGGAGACCAGACAGGCCUUUUGCCAUCGACAUGGCGGGAUUUGCUGUAAGUCUUCAAGUCAUCUUGUCCAAUCCAAAAGCUGUAUUUAAGCGUCGUGGAUCCCAGCCAGGGAUGCAAGAAUCUGAUUUUCUAAAACAGAUAACAACAGUUGAAGAACUGGAACCGAAGGCAAAUAACUGCACCAAGGUUCUCGUGUGGCACACGCGGACGGAGAAGGUUAAUCUAGCCAAUGAGCCAAAGUACCACUUGGACACAGUGAGAAUUGAGGUCUAAGUUAAAGCAGCAACUGGUGCCGGUUGGCCAGCGGGUGAGGAAGAGGAUGUGUGGAGGGUAGGCUGCCGAGCACUCAGGUAUUGUUCACUUUACUUCAGUACAACAGCCUUUAUUGUCAUCUGACGGACACCUGUUUAACCAGAGCUUGCAGUUAACAAAAGCUAAGCAGAUGGUAUAAAAUGUUUUUGUCUUCAUUUGUUCUGCACAUUUCCCCUAAAACUAAGCUGGAAGAUCUCUGUACAGUACUGCUAAAUGACACUCGCAGGUACCAUUUUGAAUACCUAAAAUACUCCACCCUCCCCUCCCCCCCCAAUUUGGCCUUAUAGUUGGUAGAACAGAACAGGCUUUAGAACAGAUGACCGGUAUUUCGUCAACUAAAUGUUCUGUUUCUACUUAGCAAUAUUACUUUUUGGAAAGCUGGUGGCACUAUACAUUGCAGGAAAUAAAACCCACAAAAAAAAAAAUCUAUGGAUUCAUCUGUUUAAUAUAGGGAUAUAACAUUUUGUCAAUACUAGGCACCAUAAAAUGUAAACACAAUUACUGUCAUAAACCCGGAUAUACCUUUAAGAAUUGAAAGUGGCUUUGUUUAGUUACCCUGUUUGCAUAUAGUGCAGAGGAAGGUCUUCAUGUUAGCACUAUGUACAUAGGAAGAUCCAAAUUACAUGAGAGGCAGAUAAAAUUUGCAUUCUUUAAACAUUUGUUAAGUUUUGUAGUAGCAUCCAGGUUUAUCUUCCUUUCACUAACCACAUUCCCUGUUAAGCACAUCAUAACAGCACAGUAAGAGUGAAUGAUGAAAUAAAAGAAUUCUGAUACACUAGAAAACAGUCUUCGGUGAUACAUUUACAUCCUAUUUAUAUGAUUAAACAUCUGAUCAUACAGUAUCUUCCUACAGGAUUACCGGCUAAUUUGGGGGUGGGGUUUACACUGUUAGAGGUAUUACUAACAUGAUAACUACUUCCCUUAUAUAUGCAAACAUUAGAGCUAUAAUUUUAUUGAGUAAAACUGAUUAAGCAAGUUGACUGAGCAGCUUCUCAAUGAAAUCAUGGGAAAUAUGAGCAAAGCUGCCCUUGACAUAAAAUGGUUUCUCAACCUGCUUUUCACAUCAAAUUUAAUCAGUAUAGACCAACACGGUCAAUCAGAUAAUUCUUAAUAUGAACAAAUGGGGAAAAAAAAAUAUAUAUGUACAUGAAUAAACAGGGGAACUCAGAUGCGUUUUAGCAAGGAAUGUCAGGUGGUAGUUCUGGAUGAAACUUGUAUUGCAGUUUUCAUUUCCACAGUUGUGUGCUGAGAGUCUGACCCGAUGCGCUUCCAGACCAUCCUGCUGUUGUGUUGGGGGGCUGGCCAAAACCCACUGUAGGGUUUGCACUACUGAUACUCAUGCCAGCCAUUUGCUGAUUCAUCUGUGAAACACAAAAAGCUUAGUUUAAAAAGGCUAAUUUCACUUUGAAUUCUGUAACCACAGUUAGACAUUUUUAAUAGCCACCCUGUUAUAUUAGAAGCGGCCUUUGUUUGAACUUGAUUUUAGUCAGCGAUACUGAGGUGUAAUAGCAUUACAAGUAUUUUUCAACAAUUUGACAUUGUCGAAGCACUGGGGAAAAAGCCAAGUGUCAUACAAUUAUUUUUCUACAGAAAACAAAUAGCUACUCUAGUUCCCCUUGUUGAUUAUUCAUUUUCUAGAUUAUCCCAAGGUUGACCAUAACUGAAAAAAAGUGCCACGGUAGUCUUUGAUUUCAUAUCUGGGUAAUGUGUAUAACUGCUGGAAGUCUUAGAAAGCAAAAUAUUUCAAAAUUACAAGUUUUGUUAUGAGGACCUGUCUGCCUUUACUAAAGUCUUAAAUGGCCCCUAUUAUGUACCUUCUAACUUUUUUUUAAUGGCCAUAAGUCUUUUCUUGCUUAUUUAAAUUUUCAUUAUGUAACCACAUUAUUUUUUCAUGUAUUUUUUCUUCCAAACUGUACUGAUAAGUAUAUAAGCAUCUUAACACUUUCCAAGAUUGAUAAGACAAUGAAGACAAAAAUUUGCCACAGAGGUCACUGAUCAGGCCAUAAGUGUCUGAAGGGGCAUGUCUUCAUACCUACUACAGGAAGUUUUAACCACCUGUAUAUGGUUGGCCAACAGGUUCCACUGAGGGCUUGCUUGAGUACUGCAUCACCCAAUUCUUUGGUUAACAGGUUCAUCUAGUACCUUAACCUGAGCAUACUUCAGCAUUUUGGCUAUUACUGACAUCUGGUAGGUACUCAAGUAAUUCUGACACUCCCAGAGAGUUGAUACCCAUGUCAUAGAUAUUCCUUCAAUGACGAUCAUAAAAGUAACUUGGAAAUCACAAGAGGGUGUUCCCUCCAUACCUCAAGGUGUAAGGUAAAAACAGUUGGUCAGAAGAAAUGCCAAGUUCACCAAAAUUCUAGAUUAACACCAAAUAGAAAGGAGGCGACAGCUUGGGAACGUGAGCCUAAUGCUCAGGGCCUUUGUGUGGGGAGCCAGAGAGAAGUUAGAAUGGAUCAACCUACAACAGAAAUUGACUUGAAAGCAGUAAUACUAAAAUGCCAUUUCUUGCCUCUAAACUGAGAUAAAAUAGGAUUUAUGAGGGGCUCUCUAAGACAAAUACAGACCUGUUCAAAUCUUAGGUAUUCUUUUUAAACCUAAGCUUAAUUGUAGAUAAAUCCUUACAAAGAUUUUUACACAUCCAUGUGCAGUAGGAACUAAUCUGAAUAGUGUUUUGAGGCUAAAUUGCAGAAGUUACUAAAUACUCCCUAAUUACUAGGUUAAUAAAGAUAGGCUGGUCUCAGUGGACAAUAAAAACAGAACACUGGGGAGCUAGGUUAAAACUUAGUGCUAAUUUCAAAGGUGGCAGGAGUCUCUCAAGAGGUUCUAGCUGUUACAAAGAGAUUAGAGAUGGUCGCCAUUAAGAGUUCAUUUGUCUAUUUGACAAAGAUAGUUUUGCCUUCAGAAAAAAAAUCUGGUUUCUUUGAUUUUGGAGAAGUUGGAGAGUAAAGACCUACCUGAGCGAGGCUCCACUGAGGCUGUUGAGCUUGUGGCAGGCCAAACUUAUUCUGGGGUGCACCAAUCUGUCCCACCAUACCUCCUUGAGGACCAACAACAUUUUGAGGAAGUGGCAUCACACCAGUUUGUGCAUUUCCCAUAAACCCAUUGGGCAUGGGCAUGCCCACCAUCAUGCUUGCACUCUGUCCCAUCACAUUUCCCAUAAGGCCAGGCGCUGCAGGCACAGGUACGCCCAUUGCUGGAAAUCCUUGAAAUGCAGUUGGUGCUUGUGAGGUAAAUGGUAUAUUUGUGGGUCCCAUAAACACACCUGCCAUAAGAACCAUGAAAAGAAAACAGGGGUAUGAUAUACAGCUGCACUCAUUUUGAUAAUCACAGAAAAAGGAUUAGCAUCUUUCUGACCUAUCAACAGUGCAAAAAAUCUUAACUCCAGUCUGGAUGCUCCUACUGCUCAGACUCACACCUAUACCUUCAGAAUGCAGACAGAUCAGUUACUAACCCAACCCAGUUUAACUAGAAUAAAUAGGCAGUAGCGCUGCAUGACAUCUAUUAUGAAGACGCGACUACACAGCAGGAGAGUAUAUGCUGUUGCUGCUGACUUGCAUCAUUAGCCGCCCACUGUCCAGUGUGUGAGAGAGAGUUGUCUGCUGUAUUUGGCUUCAAUGGAAGCAUCUGAGGUCUCAAUUUUAACUCACCUGUGAAAUGCAGCUCGUUUUCUUUGAGGAAAUUAUCUGACCUACUGAAACUAUGUAAACAAAUAUCAUGCAAUUUCAUUUUUUAAAAAACCUAAGCUUUUUGGGAAUACAUGUGAUAAUUCAGACUGCUGAUUGUUUUACAGUGUGGCAUUUUCUCUGCAAGUACAGUUAUAAAUUUCAUGCGAAUCAAAUUUAAAUUAUUCUUCA